AUGCUGUCACGUCGCGAGCUGUCGCAAACAACCACGACAUACAUCAUCAUUGGUGUCGUGGUUGGUGUAACAUGCACUGUCGCGGUCAUUGCCAUUCUCAUAUUCACGCGUCGGAGGGGACAAAAGUAUAGUGCCCUGAGGAAGAACAGCCAACUAAGGAAGAGAAGCUCCAGCGCUCUGGAUCGCGAGUCUUAUAGGAAGAGCGUGAUGUCGACGUUUUCAGAGGUAGACGACGCGCAGAGGCAGGCCAUGAUUAGGAAAUCGCUUGCGACUCGGAGCUCCACCAUGGAUUUGAACGUCGACGCCGCAUCAAUACGCACUGCUACUACGCAUCCCCUGGAAGCACAUGCCGAAGAAACCAACAUCCAGUCCCCGCAACCUCAGCAGCCACUGCCGCCUCCUUCGCGAGACGAAGAGGAUCUGGUGGGCCUCAGGGACGACUGGAAAGAAUGGGAGGCGAGGCUCAACGCGAACUAUUCCCCUUCACUCGGCAUUCAUCCAGCGCUUAGUCCUCGCCCAGCACUUGACUCUCACCCAGCUCCCGGUCCCCAUCCAGCACUCGGUCCUCACCCAGCUGUAUCUCAUUCGCGCCAUAGCUCCAGUAGCUCCAAUAGCUCGACCAGAUCGGCUGGCGCAUAUCUAUUAGCCACAAGUCCGCCAUCUCAAUGCCAUAUUGGCCUCUCCACAAAUGAGCUCGACCGACGCUCAUUACCUCCGAUGACUAGGCCGCACUCCAACUCUUCUGUUAGAUCUAAUCGAUCACUGCCGGCAAACUACGAGAUUGAACGUGAUCCACGCACUCUCCUUCCAUCGCAAACUCGUUCAUAA